AAGAGGAACGAUGUGCGGAUUGAUCGCGAUAGCUCUUAUCGCGUUGGGGCUCUGCCAAAAUGGACUUGCCCAGCUCCUGGACGAAAGUUGUGACGGCCCAGUGCCGGUCAACUUCAGAAUUACCCAGGGGCAGCGCGCCUUACCGAGGACCACUAAUUGGAUGGCAGGCAUAUACAAUGGGACUACGUUUUAUUGCGGAGGAACACUAGUUCACAAAGGGUACGUUCUCACAGCUGCGCACUGCGUAAAAGAAAUGAAAUUAGAUGAACUAGUCGUUCACUUGGGUGAGUACGACAGGUCGUGCCCAGAAAGCAAGUGCCCACACGUCGAGCGUCAUAAUGCUUCCGAGAUUAUAGUGCACCCCAGCUAUAACAAACUUAGUUUGUCAAUCGAUUUAGCUCUCAUAAAACUGCAAUUUGAAGUUGUUCUAAAAUCCUACAUACGCCCAAUUUGCAUAAUCUUGGAUGAGGAGAUAACUUCAGAGAAUGUGCACGAAUUCUCUGCUUUUGGAUGGGGUAAAACCGAUCAUGAAUUAGAUAGCAAAAUUCUACACUUCCUCGAUGUGCACCGAAUAGCAGAUGAGUUAUGCUUUACUUCUGGUGUGAACAAGAUCUGCGCUGCCGGAGAUAAAGGCGGCGACACCUGUACAGGUGAUUCCGGGGGUCCACUGGCGGCCAAUUUCACAUACAGGGGAAAGGAUAGAUAUGUGCAGUUUGGAGUGGUGAGCUACGGCGAUUCGGAUUGCCAUGGCUUUGGAGUGUACACUGACGUGAAUGCCUUCAAAUACUGGAUAGCCAACACGGUGCUCGAAUCCGAAACCAGACUUCUGACCGAACACUGCAGAUCCGAUUGGGGUAGUGGAAUUCUGGUGCGCCUAUGGGAAAUGUCCCUUUUCGAGCACAAUUUCAUUGGCGCCCUAAUCACAAGAAAAUUUGUCGUGACUGUUGCGAGUGCAUUUCCCGAUAAUAUACACGAUAUAAAAGUGGAAACCAGAUAUCUUGAGAGCUAUGAAGUUGCUUGGUACCGCAAGCACCCACAAUUCACGUAUUCAGCAGAGUCAAUAAAGAACAACAUAGCUGUGAUCAAACUAUCUAAAGGCGUGCCAGAUUCAUUUCUUGUGCAACCUAUCUGUAUGGGAGUGAACACCGCUUCUCCAAAGACGUGGACUGCCCUGCUCUAUAGUUACAAUGAUCAGGUGAUGGGCUCUACAAGUGUAGCCUUGAACAGGAUCGAUAAUGCAGCAUGCUCCAGGAAGAUUGGAAUUCCUGUGGAGGCCAAUCAACUCUGCGUGGACAAACCUGACGAAUCGAUCUAUGCACCUUAUGAAAUGCCUGGGUCUGUAAUUGCUUCUGUUGACACGGUCAACGACGUCCAGAAAUAUUUACUUGUUGGCCUAAUAAGCCAUGUCAAGGAUGGUGCAAUCGUCAUUACAAAGAUUCAAGACCACGAGAAAUGGAUAGCGGAUAGGUUAAAAUACUAAUAAAUGCUUAUAUUAAUAUUAUA